AUGAUUACGGGGGAUUCUCCAGUGCAAGAUCAGGUUGAAGUUAUAAGCAAGCCUCCGCUUUACGAUGAACGACUACCGCGAUUGUACUAUGAGAAUUUCCAUGUCGCCCAUCCAGUCUUGGUGCCCAGCUCCUUGUACAAUGAUCGGAACUACCCUCAUUUCCUGCAAAUGGCAGUGAACUUUGUGGGCUCUCACUAUGUUGCCUCUAUUCCCAGCCAACAACACAAGGAUCAGGUCAUUGCCGAGUUGAAAGCCAACCCUGAUCGAUCGCCUUGUAUGGUCCAGGCUUGGCUGAUCUAUUCUAUCGCUCUCUAUGCUCGGGAUGAAUGGCAAGAAGCACAAGAAGCUUUUUCUAGUGCCAUUGACAUUGCUUUGAAUCUUGGCAUGAACAGAUGGUCAUUUGCUUCAUCGGCAAAUUCGGAAAGAUCCAUCGAAGCAGAGAGCAUGAGAAGGACAUGGUGGGAACUUUAUGUUACCGAUAUCUUCAUGGCAGUCUCUUUGAAGACUACUACACUUCGAUGUAGCACUGUCUCGCUGGAGGUGGGCCUACCUUGCGAAGAGUCUGCAUAUAAUAGUGGAAGUGAGGUUACGAAGCCAAGAAUGAUGAUCGAGUUCAAGCGGAGGAUUCUUGCUGCAGAAGACCCGGUCUUUUCGUCGUUUAGCUAUCGCAUUGAGGCCACGACUAUCCUAUGCCGGGUUCUUGUUCUCAAUCGACUACGAGAUUGUCACCGCGAUCAUCUUCAAGCUAUCGAAAAUGCGCUGGUGAGCUGGAUCAACCACCUUCCGCCAAAGAAGCUUGACAUUCUUGAUUCUUAUGGUAACGUCGAUGAAAUGAUGUUUCAAGCACACUUGACAAUAGCAUACGCAGCCAUGCUCCUACACCUCCCACGCAGUGACCUUCCAUCUGUACUAUCACAAACCCAGCCCGAUGAGCGAUUCUGGCCCGGUCCUUCGGGUCAACUUUCAUCAACAUUUACCCGCUUAGUUCACAGCAUCAAAGCCACUGAGGCCUCAAGACGAAUCUCCGACUCCAUUUCUGUGUGUCCAAAUGUUCCAAAACACACACCUUUUAUCAUUCCCGCCUUGGCCCUCUGUGGACUUAUCCAACUAGCCACCUCGACCAGCCAUUCCGAGGAGUGUUUCGAUCAUCACUGCAAUCGAGUCACCCUCAUCUUAGGGUGUCUCAAAAGUACCCAACGAACCUGGAAACUAGCCGAGUCCGUAUACCACGGCCUCCGAUCAUCUGCAUCAGACAUACUCUCCGAUUCCAUGGCAAAAUGGAAUGCCGAGCCUCUGCACCGAUUCACACCGGCAGUCUCAACACCGAAUGUACCUGAAAGACCAAGCUCGAGCACAAAUCCAGCCGCUGCCAUGACAUUCGGACAAGAAUUCACACCACCAGAGUUCACUUCAACAUUCAUCGAUCCGACCUGUUACAAUGCUUCAUUCUUCAGUGCUAUCCCGGACUUUGAUAUCAACUAG